AUGCAUUGUAGAGGUUCUAAAAAUGGAGGAAAAUUAGACAAGAAUGCAUCAAGCCAGCAUCAAAGUGCUUUCAGCAGCCUCUCACUUGCCUGUUUAUCCGAUGUCGUAUCAAGUCAACCGGACGACUUUGUCUCUUCGACCCGGACAGGAUUUGCACACACCAUCGUCCACUGCCCUCUUGACGUCGCGGUGCCGUCACUGUCAUCUCCUCUUCCGUCGGCACAGCGACCGGCAAGGCUUCGGAGACAAUGGCAUCGGCGAUCGCUGAUACAAGCGAGCUUUGGAGAGUUAUGCUGUGCCUGGAGAAGGAGGCUGGAGGUACAGUUGCAGGCCGAGGAGAAAAAGACGAAGGAAGAGAAUAUGAAGCACGACUAG